CGAUCCGAGAAGGCGGGGCUCAGCCUUAAGUCUUUACUCGGACGCCUCUACGUACGCCUGGAAGAGGCAGAGGGCCGGUAGUGAUUCCGGAGGAUCUUACGGUAUCAUAGAGAGGCAGCAUUAGAGUUCGUCUCUUCCGGUGUCGCCCAGCGCUCCUUCCGGCAAUGCUGCCGCAGCCUAGGCUUGGUGGCGCCUUCGCUGCCAUCGCUUUGGGCCUCAGAUCAAGAUUUCGUUGUUAUGUCCGAGCCGCUAUGGCGAAGAGCAAGUUCGAAUACGUCCGGGCUUUCGAAGUGGAGGAUAAAUGUUUGCCCAACUGCUGGAUCGUGGUACGGUUGGACGGACGCUGCUUCCACCGCUUUGCUGAGCAGCAUGAUUUUAAGAAACCUAAUGAUGAUUGUGCACUUAAUUUGAUGAACAAGUGCGCCCAAACAGUGAUGGAAGAGAUGGAGGAAAUUGUCCUUGCCUAUGGACAAAGUGAUGAAUACAGCUUUGUUUUCAAAAAGAAAACCAACUUGUUUAAGAGAAGGGCAAGUAAAUUAAUGACUCUUGUGGUCGCUACAUUUGCAUCCAGCUAUGUUUUCUAUUGGAAGGAUUAUUUUAAGGACAAGCCCCUCUUGUAUCCACCAGGAUUUGAUGGACGUGUUGUCUUGUAUCCUAGUGACCAAAAUCUAAAAGAUUAUCUCAGUUGGCGACAAGCUGAUUGUCAUAUCAAUAACCUCUAUAAUACAGUAUUUUGGACUCUUGUGCAGAAAGGUGGCCUGACACCAGUACAAGCCCAAGAGAGACUUAAGGGAACCCUUGCAAAUGACAAGAAUGAGAUUUUAUUUUCAGAAUUCAACAUUAACUACAACAAAGAACCUGAAAUAUAUAAGAAAGGAACUAUUUUAAUAUGGAAGAAGGUAGAUGAAAUCAUUAAGAAAAAAAAUAAAACAGGGGAAACAGAAGAGAAGGAAAUUGAAGAAACCAGGACAAAAAAUAGACCAAUUCCUUUGCAUUGUGAUAUUAUUGGAAAUGAAUUUUGGAAACACAAUCCUGAAAUCCUGCUUGAUAAGAGGCUUUAGUCUGAACCUAUUGGAUAUAAUUUAUUUUAUAAGGACUGCAUCAUGGUGGAAAAAAAUGUAUUUCUGUACUUUGUAAUAGCCGUUUUACUUCAGUGAAUGAAUGAAAAAUCCAGGUAUUGUUCAUAAAUAAAUACUUUUUUAUUAAAAUUA